AUUAAAGAAAAGAAGAAGCAUAGUCACGGAUCAAUCUAAUCUAAGAAAGGAACAUUGUUACUAAUAUUUCUUGAUUUUUUUUUUAAAAAGCUACAAACCCUUGUCGCGAGUAGCACUAGCAAUCAUGGGUCAGUGCGCCAUGUCUCCCGCACGCUCUGGCACCACCGCCGGCAGCGGCGGCGGGCCGACGCCGUCGUCGUCGUCGUCGCGAUCCGCCUCCACCAUCGUCGCCGGCACGGCCAGCGGGUACCACCUCCUCAAGAUCGACGACUACUCGCGCACCCGGGAUCUCUUCCCCACCAGCACUGCCCUCAAGUCCCGCGCUUUCACCAUCGGCGGCCAUCGAUGGCGCAUCCAAUACUACCCCAACGGCAACACGCCCAACUGCGGCGAUUACAUAUCCCUCUUCCUUCAUCUCGACGAGGAAGUAACCAGGGAAGUGUACGCGCAGCUCCAGUUUCGUCUGCUCGACGACGAGUUGGGUGACAAAUUACCGCCGCCGCCGCCGCCGCCGUCGCUGGAUGCGAACAAGUUCUUCAGCCAUGCCAGUUGGGGGCAACCAAAGUUCAUCAAGAAGGAGGAAUUGGAGAAAUCGAGGCAUCUCAAGGGCAAUUCCUUCACCGUCCGGUGCGACGUCGUCGUCAUCACCGAGUUCGUCGCGAAGGAUAUGCCCGAGGCGGCGACCGCGACGGCGGCGAGAAGAAGAACCCCUGCGAGGGGAACUGGAAGCUUCGUCAGCGUGCCGCCGUCCGAUCUUCACCGGCAUCUCGGUGAGCUCCUCCUCGGCGAGAAGGGCGCCGACGUGGUGUUCAAGGUCGGCGGCAAGACCUUCACCGCUCACCGGUGCGUGCUCGCGGCCCGGUCGCCGGUGUUCGGCGCCGAGCUGCUAGGCUCAAUGAAGGAGAGCCGCAGGAAGGCCGUCGUCCGCGUCGUCGACAUGGAGGCGCAGGUGUUCAAGGCGCUGCUCCGCUUCGCGUACACCGACUCGUUGCCGGAGAUGAAGGAGAAAGACGAAGGCGCCAUGUGCCAGCACCUGCUCGUCGCGGCGGACAGGUACGCCAUGGAGAGGCUCAAGCUGGUGUGCGAGGAGAAGCUAUGCGAGCGCAUCGAUGUGAGCUCGGUGGCGACCGUCCUGGCGCUAGCUGAGCAGCACCAUUGUGAUGGCCUGAGAAAUGCGUGCUUUGAUUUCCUUAGCUCUCCAGAAAAUCUGAAAGCUGCCAUGGCCGGCGACGGCUUCGAGCAUCUGAGUAGGAGCUGCCCUUCUCUUAUGACGGAGUUGGUUGCCAUGCUCGGUAACUGUCACGAUCCUCAACCCACCCACCGAUCAAUGCCCAACACCGGAAGCAACCGAUAAUUCAUAGCAGUAAUCACUCAAGUAAUUUGGAUACAAUUGAGAGGAAUUAGCAAUGUAGAUUGGGAAGAGAAGCAGGGGACUGGGAAUAAGAGAACAGAAACUAGGAUUGGAAGAACAGAGAGAUGAGAGGAAAUUGGAGGAGGAAGAAGCCUUGGCUUUAGUUCUGUUGAUUUCUUCAUCGAUGCCUCAUCUGUUGCUGUUCCUUCUCUUUUAAAGGCAUGCACCCUGUUUGCCUGGACCAAAGCCCAGUGCCUGAAGCCCGGCCCAUAGGACGUGACAGUAACUUAGUUCAGUGACAAACAUAUCAUGUUUCUAAGAUUCUUUAUGCAGUA